AUGGGAGGAGUUGGAACGUUUUACGGUUUAUGCAGGAUGGUUUAUUUCGCAGUGCAGCAUACUCCUCCAUCGGAACGAUUCGAUAUGACCGAGGAAAUGACGACAACUCUCGGGAUGCUUGCCGCUCAUGCAAGGCAACUUCAUGCGCAAGGAACUACUCGAAUGCGAUUACUGCCAAAAGAACAGCGUGUCCUUCAGCAAGACGGAGGUGUCAAUGAAGCACUACUAGAACUGCAUGAAUUGGUUAUGCCAAUGAUCGCGCGGGUGCUUGCCCGCAGUUCUGGUUGCGGAGAAGUUGCGAGUGUCAAUGUAAGCGAUGUUGGAGCAGUGCGUGUCGCGACGUUGUGUUCUAAGGAACAAGGAUUAAGUCUUGCUGGAGAACAUGCGACGAUGGAGUGGUGUGACGAUGUGUUUGCAGAGAGUGGUCAGAAAAGAGUAAUCUUCGUGCUAGGUGAAUUUGGGGACUACGUCAAAAGCAGUGGUGUGCUCACUCUGCGAGAAUCUCUUGGUCGAGAACCAGUGCAGACGGAUGGAGAAGUUGAGCUGGAAACAGGUAAUUUGGCAUCUCAUGGUUUUGUGCUGACAAAAACCAUGGUUGCGAAAGCCGAUGAUGAGUAUGACGUUGCGCAUGAUGGUGAAGGAGCAGGAGACCUUAUAACGGGGAUGGCAGCAGCAGACCUAUCAACGGGAAACAAAAGCUGUUUUAGCGUGCGGCAGGAUGUUAGGGCAACUGGUGCGUUAUUCCCAGAGUAUGCCGAAGUGUUUUGCAGGGCGGCGUCAGCGAUCGAAUAUGUGAACACAAAGGCUUUCUCAGUGGAUUUGCCAAAACAUGCUUAUGCGGAGCGUUCAGUUUCUUCAAGAAUCGGCGGGGAUGGGACGCGUGCAAGUGGUGAGACGCAAUCGGGACUGCAAGUAACAUCGUUAGUGCCAUCGCUUCACGCACGGACGUUUGGUGUUAAACGGGGGCAGUGCAGGGAUUUGCGACCUCGUAUUUUUGGAGAAUCUGCUUCAUGGUGGGUGCCACUCGCUGCAGUGGUCGGUGCGUUGUUGACGGUAUUGUUGCUUGGUUUUGCAGGGAUUCGAAGGCAGACGACGCUUGACGCGGACCUGUGGGUAGAUGGAGAUGCGCCAUACAUCGAGAGGGACGCAUACGGUCGGGAUCUGGGUCAUUUUGACGGAGAUAUAGUGAGAGUAGAUGAGGUGGGUGACGAGGGUGAGGACCACGUUGUUUAUGAAAGUCCGCGCAUGAGAGGUACAGCUGAGGCCAAGGCAGGCGGAACGGAUACGAGGUUAGAGACGGUAGAUGGGACGAUGUGA